AUGGCGAGGACGGAUUCAUCUGCGCUCGCUGUAUCCCCGGCACCUCGCCUCGCUGGUUCCCGUUGGCUGCCGGAGAGCCCAUCGAAGUCUCCGGCCGCCGCCCAUGAGGGGGCGAUGAACAAGAACUCCGCCGCCGCCGCCGCAGCUCCCGGUCCCGGUGGCGCCGCCGUGGAGCACCGAGAGAGCCACUGCCGAGGUCUAGCAGCGCCGAGGGGAAUAAGAGGAGGAGGAGGAGGAGGAGGAGGAGGAGAAGGGGAGGGGAGAGCAGCCCGCUGCGAAUGGGACUUCCAGCUCUGCUCCGUCAUCUCGCCGACGGCGACGAGGGAGGUGUCCGACGUUCUUGGGGCCAUCGAGUUCGACCCCUCCGACCAGUUCCUCGCCACCGGGGGCAUCGCCAGGAAGAUCAGGAUCUAUAGCUUGAGGUCCCUCGUCCCGGAGGCCUGCGAGGGAGGAGCCGCCACCCUCUCGGACCACGCCGCCUCCUGCAGCUUCUACAUUUGCACCCCCGCGAAGCUCAGCAGCCUCCGGUGGAAGCCCGACGGCAGCGACCGCGUGGUCGGCGCCGGCGACUACGAUGGCGUCGUCACCGAGUACGACCUCGAGAGGCGCGUCCCCGUGUUCGAGCGCGACGAACACGACGGCCGCCGCGUCUGGAGCGUCGACUACUCGCGGUGGCUCCCGCAGCUCGGCGGCUCCGCCUCCGACGACGGCACCGCGCAGCUGUGGGACUCUCGCUGCGGCGGCGGCACCGCCUUCUCUCUGUGCCCCACCGGUGAGUUGCGGGGGGCCGUGUGCAGCGUCGAGUUUGACCCCUCCGGCGGGCCCCUCGUGGGCAUGGGCUGCGCGGACAGGAGGGCUUACGUCUACGACCUCCGGAUGACGGCGGCGCCGGUGACCGUCUUCCGCGGGCACCACCGCACCGUUACCUACGUCCGCUUCACCGGCGGCGGGAAGGUCGUCUCCGCCGGCACCGACGGGUGCCUCCGGCUGUGGAGCCUCCUCGACGGCCGAGAGGCGCGCGCCUACGAGGGACACCUGAACACGAGGAGCUUCGUGGGGCUGAGCGUCUGGAAAUCCGGCGGUCUCUUGGCCUGCGGCUCGGAGACGAACCAGGUGUUCGUCUACGACGUGAGGUGGGGCGAGCCGAUAUGGGUGGGCGGCUUCGACGCGGCGGAGGAAGACGGGGGCAGGGGAUUCGUCAGCAGUGUCUGCUGGCGGCAGGCCGGCGGAGACGCCUGCACCAUCGUCGCCAGCGCUUCCAACGGCGUCUUGCAGGUUUUCAGCGGCAGGAAGAAACCGAGGCCCCUCUGA